AUGACCGGACUGUUCCCAUCCAUUCCCGUGCCUCAGAUGCUGCUGACGCCUCUAGCUAGGCCAACGGCAGCCAUCGCACGCUCCUCGAUUCUGGCACUCUUCUCCAAGCUCACGGUGGGACAGCUGGAAGUGCGGCUACUCGACGGCACGGUUCACCGCUUUGGCGACCCUACGCUGGUCAAGAGCAAGCAGCAUACGCACAGCGAAACCACCGCCUCCUCCUCGUUCAAAGACGGCGUCAAGCCUGCCACCGCGGCUGCCGCUGGGACGAUGACGAGUGCGCCACACGCGGUGCUCACUGUCAAGAGCGACGCCUUCUGGACGCGCAUGUUUUUCGGCGCCGACCUGGGCUUUGCCGAAGCCUACAUGAUCGGCGACGUCGACACUCCGGACCUCGCUGCGUGCUUCGACCUCUUCAUCCUGAACCGGGCCAGCCUGAGCAACCUCGAAAACAUCAGCCUUGCGAGCUCGCUCAUCGCGUCGGUCCAGGGGCUGCUCAACCGGCGCUAUGCAAACACCAAAGUAGGCAGCCUGCGCAACAUUGGCGCGCACUACGACAUCAGCAACACCAUGUACAAGGCGUUUCUGAGCCGCGACAUGACGUAUUCGUGUGCCGUGUUUGACACGCUCGAUGCCGAUGUGUCGGGCGCACCGUUGCUGAGCCAGUUGAACCAGCAGACGCGCGCGGCGCUGGGGACCGCGACCAAUGGGCAUACCGAUGCGGGGGCGGCGAGCGGCGUGUUUGAGCCGUUGCGGUUUGCUCCGGUUGCAACCAGUACUGGGGCGGUGACCUCGGGGGACCUGCCGACGCCGCCGUCGGAAGUCGAGGUGGAUGCACAAACGACGAGCGGUGAAGAGUACGACGAGUUGGAAGAGGCGCAGAAGACCAAGCUGCGUCUGAUCAUCAAGCGCGCCAACAUCCGCGCGGGCGAUCGCGUUCUCGAGAUCGGCACGGGCUGGGGGUCGUUCGCCAUGGAAGCGGUGCGCUUGACCGGAUGCACCGUCGACAGCGUCACGCUCUCGGUCGAGCAGAAGGCGCUCGCUGAACAGCGCAUCGCCGCCGCAGGCAUGCAGUCCAAGAUCCAGGUACACCUCAUGGAUUACCGCGACUUCCCGCCGAGUUGGACCGACCGCUUCGACCGCGUCUGCUCGAUCGAGAUGCUCGAAGCUGUGGGCAUCGAGUUCCUGCCCACCUACUUUGGCUGUGUCGACCGCGUGCUCAAGCGCCAGGGCGGUGUGGCCGUGUUUCAGUGCAUCACCAUGCCCGAAUCGCGCGCCGAGGCCUACUACAAGGGCGUCGACUUCAUCCGCAAGUGGAUCUUCCCCGGCGGCGUCCUACCUUCGGUCACCUCGCUCGUCAACGCCGCCACCGACGCAAGCAGCGGAAACCUCAUCCUCGACACGCUCGUCUCGAUCGGCCCGCACUACGCCAGAACCCUGCGCGAAUGGAAAGCCCGCUUCGAGGCCCAGUUCGACAAGAUCAUCCGCCCAGCCCUGCUCCGCGACCACGACGAAAUCAGCCGCCUCCCCGAACCCGCAAAGCAGAACGAAGUCGACGUCUUUAGACGCAAAUGGAUCUACUACUUUGUCUACUGCGAAGUCGGCUUCACUCAUCGUGUCAUCAACGACCACAUUCUCGCUUUUACCCGCGAAAACAACACCUCCCUACCCGUCUGCUCCGGCUAA